CUGUGUUCUUGUGGAGGUAGUCGUAGGAGGGAGAGGAGAUAUGAAACAUCAGCCCAUGUGGGACCCAAACGCUAAAUUACACAUACCAGUGAAUGCUGUUCCAAAUACGUGUGUGAUCUGUUGUGAGAGUAGAACAAUCCACAAGUUUGACUAACGAAAUGGUCUGCGGUUCGAAAGGCGCGCCCGCGUCUCCUCACUUCAGCACUCUGGACAGCGCUCCGCCAACUUGGAGACGGCGAGACUUGCAGGAGUUACGUUCUGUAAUGAGGACCAACUGGAGAUAAACGACGGUGCAAUCAUGGUGGAUAUUACGUGUUUAUUAUUUACAGGUGUAUGUAAAACGCAAGUGGACUUUUCGAAGUGAGACAUGGACUUUGUGGAAAUUAUCUUCGCGUUGUUCAUUAUUGUGGUCGCAAUUGUCUCGUUGUUGUCGAACUUGUUGGUGCUGCUAUGUUUUGUCCAGAGCACCGAGAUCCGCCGACAGGUGCCGGGAAUAUUCACCAUGAACCUGUCUUUCUGCAACAUACUUAUCACCCUUUUGAACAUGCCAUCGACAUUGGUGGGGAUUAUCGGAAACCAGCAGCCUUUUGGGGAUUGCCUUUGCCAUACAGUGAGCUUUCUGGAGACCUUUUUGACUGCGAACACUAUGUUGAGUAUGGCAGCACUCAGUAUAGACCGCUGGAUAGCGGUGGUCUUUCCCUUGAGUUACUCCAGUAAAAUGCGCUACAAGGACGCAGUGAUCAUGAUGUGCUACUCGUGGCUCCACUCCCUCACGUUUUCCGUCAUCGCCCUCCUGUUCUCCUGGGUUGACUAUAGCCACAUUUACGCCUCGUGCACCUUGCAUUUGAGCGAGGAGAGCGACAGGAUAAAGUUUACCAUUUUCACCGUCGUUUUCCACGCCACUAGUUUCAUGCUCUCUCUACUGAUCCUGUGCUUCACCUAUCUGAAGGUGUUAAAAGUUGCACGCUUCCACUGCAAGAGGAUUGACGUUAUAACCAUGCAGACCCUGUUCUUGCUGGUGGAUAUUCACCCAACUGUGAAACAAAGGUGCCUGGUAGAGCAAAAGCGGAGGAAACAGAGAGCCACCAAGAAAAUCAGCAUUUUCAUUGGGUCGUUCAUCAUCUGUUUUGCUCCCUAUGUUAUUACGAGGCUGACGGAGCUGCUUCCCGUCGUGGGCAUCAAUCGCCACUGGGGAAUCUUCAGUAAGUGCCUGACAUACAGCAAGGCUGCGUCCGACCCCUUUGCCUACUCCCUCCUGCGUCAACAGUACAAGAAGGUCCUGGUUACCGUCAUCAACCGGCUGCUGCGCCGUGACCUGUACCCAUCAUCUGGCCACAACAGCUCUCUGGACACAGAGAAUGACUACUCUCUCCAUAGGAUCAGUUAAUAGCACCAUUUUGGACAUAACAAAUAUACCACAGACAGACAGCCCAAAAAUAAAGGUUUCCUUAUGGCAAAAGGGCAGGAGCUGAGAGAGAGAUGGUCAGAAAAAGGGAUUGUUGGAGAAGAAAAGAGAUAGUGAGAGAGAGAGAGGGAGAUGUUGUGGGAGGAAAAGCAAGAGGGGAGGAGUAGGAUAGAGGGAGACAGGAAAACCGGAGGGGUAGACAGAGGAAGAUGGCAAGAUGGACUGUGCAAAGAAUGAUCGUAUUCGGGGACGUUUGCUCCAGGCUUAUUGGUAAAAAAGGAAGUUUAUUGAUCUAUGGUUCACUGGUAGAACCACACACACACUCGAUGGCACAGAGCCAGAAUCAAAUGAAUCAAUGUUAUUGAAUCAGCCAGGGGCUCGGGUUGAAUCAUAAACGGAUGAAUCACACCAUUAGAGACUGAAUUAUUGUCUCUGCUGAGUAGCAAGGUAUGCUAGUGGGCACUUAUCUACCAUAUAACAACCUCUUUAUAAAGAAGCUGACAUAGCCAAAUGUACAGACCUUUUGACACCCAUAUAGAACACAGGGAAGUGCUAUGAAGGUUAUUAAUUUCUUGUUGACAGAUGCACAUAACAUACAUGGUAGUACCAUAUGCCGACAGACUGUUGGAUGCGACGACUAACGAGGAACUCUGUUCCGGUACGCUGUUUUUUCGUCACUGAUCAGUUGAACGAAUCACAAUUUCGCAGGUGCUCACAUCUUUCGAAUUUCGGUAGGGGAAGGGACAUUAGGCCCAUGGACUUGCCUGAAAUGGCUGAGAGUUUCCGUUUAGAGGGGUGGCGACUUCGCUCGUCACGUUCGUAAAUUUUCUAUCACGUCUCCCCCCCAGAACUUAAUGGAGCAUUUGACGCAAUUACUCAAAAUGUUAGUUCUGGGUGCCCGAGCUUACAAGGUUAUGGACUGUUAACAGUGCAUAGGGAGGAUGGGAACGCUUAACUAGCUGCUGGCUAGUAGCCAUUGGGCCACUGGUGCAAUUUCUUGAAGUUAAAAUGUGUACUUGUCAAUGAAUGGUACUCGCUGUGGCAAGUACUGCUAAAUAGAUGGCCAUGUUAUGUAGACUAUGGACUGUGUUAGACUCAUUGGGUUACACUACUACUGCAGUUGUUCACAAUUUCUUCAUGUCAAUCACUGGAAAUUAAUGCACUUUGUAUUUCUCUCAGAGCUACUAGUUACAGGAGCCAAAGGCAAAUAUCAUGUUUACUAUGAUAUUAGCAUGUUGUAACUGAAUGUACUACAUAAAGAUCAUUUUGACUGAAAUGGCUUUGUACUACUGUGUAUAAUACUUUAUUUUGCCAAAUAUCCAUAUAAAUAUUUCCAGUGAUUGCUGGUAAUAUUGGAUAUUUAUAAGUACCUGAUGUUAUCUUUAUCAAACUAUGUUGCACUGUAUUAGAAACGAUAUUAUUUAUUUGAUCUUAAAAUGCUAAAGGGGAAUAAUGUUAUGUUCAAUAAGUGCUUUAAACACGUUAUUGUGUGUGUGCCAGAAUUCAAUAUACAGUAUGACUGUUUAGCUCCUAUAGUUGCUUUAUCAGAACUGGUUUCAUUAGAUGUAUAGACACAAAGUAUGUCAUACUGUAAGCCACUUGCUGUAGCCUACAUUGGCAGUGUGUGAGUAAAGAUGUUGGUGAAAAAUGUGCAAUAAAGCUGUCCAAUA